AUGGAGCUGGAGCAGAGUCUCUUGGGAGUCUGCUUGGUCACAGCUAGCAGUGUCGCUGGGCUCUCCCCAACGCUGGCCAUCCAUGUCUACACGCAGCGGGAGGUCUACGGCACCGUGGGCUCGCACGUCACCCUCUCCUGCAGCUUCUGGUCCAGCGAAUGGAUCUCCGAGGACAUCUCCAUCACUUGGCACUUCCAGGCCGAGGGCUCCCGGGACAGCAUCUCCAUAUUUCACUAUGCCAAGGGGCAGCCCUACAUCGAUGACGUGGGCACCUUCAAGGAGCGCAUGGAGUGGGUGGGCAACCCGCACCGCAAGGACGGCUCCAUCGUCAUCCACAACCUGGACUAUACCGACAACGGCACCUUCACCUGCGACGUCAAAAACCCCCCUGACAUCGUGGGCAAGUCCUCCCAGGUCACGCUCUACGUCUUCGAGAAAGUGCCCACCCGGUACGGCGUUGUCCUCGGCUCUAUCAUCGGAGGAGCCUUGCUGCUGGUGAUCGUGGUGGUGGCCCUGGUGUAUCUCAUCCGGUACUGCUGGCUCCGGAGGCAGGCGGCCCUGCAGAGACGGCUUAGUGCCAUGGAGAAAGGGAAGCUGCAGAGAUCAGCCAAGGACGCGUCCAAGCGCGGCCGCCAGGUGAGCGCUGGGGUUGUGGGCUCAGUUCGGGAGGGCGUGCAGAGGCAAGGCAUCCCCUGUCCCACACAGGUCCCAGGCCUGUAG